AUGCCACCCAAAUGUACUAUUGAAGACGUCGAAAACAUCAUUGAAGGUGUUCGGCUCCCUGAUGAUUGGAUUGACAUACUCACUGCACACCCAGAUAUCACGGUCCUUCUCACCCACAUCGCACAAAGGGCUGGUAUAACGGACCGGGAAAUCAAGAGGAGCAGGCUUAUGCUUCCAUCCUUUUUGAAAGCUAAAUGGGAAGAAGUUGCUACUCAACUUGAUUUCCCGCUUUCUGUAAAGUGGCUUUCCCUUGAGCAAUUCUCGCCGCCUAUCUGCUUUCUCCCGCCAUCUAUCCACAAGAAUCUGUUCCAAGGAGGGUGGCGAAUCAUAGACGUAUACCAAGAGAGAGCUCAUCAAGAUCGCGAAGCCGCACGGGUCAAGUUACUCGAGCCGUGGUUUGUGCUGAUACUUGCCCUCUUUGAGGGCAGGGUUGUAGACAUGCCAGAGUCAGUCAUGUUGCCCACAAAAUUCUCUACAGGUGGUGCAGUAGAGCAUGAGGUCGUCAUGAUCGGGGGGGCGUUGUUCUUUGUCAUUGAGAUAAUGCUUGGCUUGGAUAAAGACGACAAUUUGGCCCAGUUGUUUCUCGAGCUGCUAUCGGCAGCAGAGGCGAAUAACCGCUCUGGCUUUGACAUCACAAGAGUCUAUGGCCUUCUGACUGACCUCUCCAGCUUCCGGUUUUACUCCUACGAUCCGAAGUCCAAGUCCUUUUCCUUUGACGAAGACAUUCUUGUAAACGCGAAACGUGACGAUUUCUGUUUUGACAUGAUCUAUGUAUCGAACAAGAUAUUUAACGUCAUCAUGUGUGGAUAUGUUGAGGUACUCCGUGCUACUGUAGAAGCCAGCAAAAAGAAAUCUGAACAGGGAGAUUUGACCCCGGUUGGUUCCGGGCCUAUGCAGCAAUUGACUCAGACACCUUCCAUUCUUCCCGGAUCUGUGGGUUAA